AUGGCAUCUGCCGCCUCAGCUCUCUUCGCCACGGCGCUCGUCAUGGCGCUCAUGCUCGCCGGCAGCAGCACUUGCCAUGCUGCACGCUUCCUUGCCGACUCGACUUCGGCUGACACUCCUGCCACCGUGCCUGCGGUGCCUGCCGCGGCGGCCUUGCCACCGCUUCCCGCGGUCACCGUGCCACCGAUGCCCACGGUGCCGGCGGUCCCCACGGCGACCCUCCCGCCGAUGCCCACAGUACCAAACGCCGCGCUGCCCCCUAUGCCGGCCGUCCCCGCCGUGCCCAAGGCGACACUCCCGCCGAUCCCCGCCGUGCCCACGGUGCCGGCCGUCCCCGCCGUGCCCAAGGUGACACUGCCACCGAUGCCCGCCGUGCCUAAAGUGACACUGCCACCAAUGCCCUCCAUCCCGGGCGUGCCGAAGCCAUUCUUGGCGCCACCUCCUUCGGCAUAA